AUGGCCGAGAGCCAGUUCGCCCUGGCUGGCAUCACCCAGCGAGCUACAAAAUUUCAUCACGUCGUCAGCAACCUUCCCCCAGAAAUUGCCGUGGAGGUUAUGUAUGUUUUCACCACUCCUCUGAGCACCGCCCCUUACGGCAUUCUACGGAAGGCUAUCACGGAUCGAACAAUGGCAUCUGAGCGAGAGCAUUUGCGCCAGCUGUCAGCGGCUGAGGAACUUGGGGCUCGUCGGCCCUCCCAGCUGCUUCGACUCAUGAACAGACUUCUAGGUACACGACUACGUACCUUUGACAAUGUGCUUCUCAAGGAAUUAUUCCUCACUCGCCUCCCCCCUCAAGCCCGCAUGGUACUCGCGGCCCUUCCGAAUACAACACUAGAGGCUCUUGCUGACGUCGCUGAUAAAGUCCUCGCAGUAGCUCAGCCAACCAUCGCUCACUCGUCACCGGCACCAUCUUUGACUUUGGCGUCCGAGCUGGUGCCGCUAAACACCAAUGCCAAACCGCCGCCAAUUCGGAUCCCGACCGCGUAUCUCUUCUCCGACAGGAAGUUCUGGAAUUGA